AUGUGUUACAAAGUUCGGAUGCCCUUCUAUUAUUUUUUUACGAUAACAUGUUUUUACACUAUAGUAACCCUAUCAGUUAAUGGUAGUGUGGAAGAUAUACUGGAGAAAGGGACUAGACUUUUAGCAUCCGGUAAAUUUGAGGAAGCUCUGUUAUUGUACAGUGAUGCCAUCGGGAAAAGUCCUGAUAGUUAUAUGGCCCACUACAAAAGGGGCACAGCAUACAUCGCACUAUCUAAUUGUAGGAUGUCUCUUUUGGAUUUUAAUAGAGCUUUGGAGCUAAAUCCAGAUUUCAUUCCUGCAAGAAAACAUCGGGCGUAUGUGAAGCUAAGAAUGGGGAAGCUGACAGAAGCCAUAGAAGAUUAUGAGAGUGUGCUAAAUCAUGAUACUGGCGCAAGCGCCAAAAUAUCUGAAAUACAUAAACUGCAAAAUCAGUGGGAAGAUGCUCGUAAAUUGUUCGGGAACAGUGAAUACAGAGAAGCUCUUACGUUAUUGGACAAAUUAGUGGAAUCAGUCGACUAUGCUGAGGAGCUACGUGAAUUGAGAGCAAGGUGUUACUUAAGCUUAGGAGACGUGCAAAAGGGUUUGCAAGAAAUGAGAUUUGGCGUUCAUCUGACCAAUGAUAACCGCGAGGGAUUACUGAGAAUUAGUCAAAUAAUGUAUGACACCGGGUUUGCAGUGCAGGCUGUCAAUGAGCUUCGAGAAUGUCUCAGGCUUGAUCAAGAUGAUAAAGCCUGUUUGAGUCUCUACAAAAAAGUAAAUAAGGUUGCCAAGGCUAUAACAGCCACGCAAGAGGCUUUGGAAGCCGAAAGGUACUCUGAUUGCAUCAAGAAAGCAUCAGAGAUAGUCAAGUUCGAGUCUUCAAAUCCAGAAUAUGCUAAUCAAGCAAACAUUAGCCUCUGUCACUGUCAUGCAAAAGCUAAAAGUGCUGAUGGAGUCUCGUAUUGUGAAUCUGUUGUUCAACAUUAUCCUGAAAGUACUGAAUUCCAACUUUAUCAAGCUGAAGCUUAUAUAAAUGCUGACCGUUUUCAGGAUGCCAUUUCAACAUACCAAAAAAUUUUAGAACAUGAAUCGAAUAAUCAGAAAGCGAAGGAGGGCAUGAAGAAGGCUCAAAAGCUUCUAAAAGCAAGCAACCGUCGUGAUUACUAUAAAAUACUUGGGGUGCCCAAAUCAGCUUCUAAAAAGGAUAUUUUGAAGGCCUAUCGAAAAAUGGCUGCUGAAUAUCAUCCGGACAAAUUUCAGGGCGAAGAAAAAGUGCAAGCCGAGAAAAAGUUCGUUUUAAUUUCUGCAGCCAAGGAGGUCCUUACAGAUGAUGAGAAACGUACACAAUUUGAAAAUGGAGUCGAUCCGCUGGAUCCUGAACAGCAAGCUCAGAACCCGUUUGGUGGUCAUCCUUUCAAUGGUUUUCCAUUCUCCCACAUGCAUCCCUUUGAAGGUGCUCACUUCGAGUUUCAUUUUGGAUAA